AUGAUAUUUUAUAGUUUUUUUCUUUUCAUUACAGGUAGCUGCUUCAUUUGCAUAAAUGCUUCUUCAUCACAUCAUCAGAUUAAUAGCUCUUUAACAAAUACCCGUGAACAUGAUUGUCCGGUGAAAGGAUUGGAAACAGAAGAAGGCUGUUAUACGAGUUACAUAUCCUUUUAUGGAUAUUCACUUUCCAAUGGAACAUUCCUUCCCGCACAGAAUAGCGGAUUCUUUCAAUCAGUCUUUGCUCAGCCAUCAUCUAUCUGUCCAAAUUAUGAAUUCUUACAAAACUGCCUAAAUGAGGUCCCAUCGGAUUGUACAACGUUUGAGACGUUGAGUGUGUUUACACGCACCACCAAAGAUACCUUUUACUAUAUUCGGCAAUUAUCAUUAAUACAAUUAUACUGUUAUCAUAAGCCUCAGUUUACCGACUAUACCCUGUGUCAAGACCGUAUACAGGCAUCAGGAUUCCAGGAAACAUUCUAUCAAUCAUGCUCACAGAACGAAAAUGAUAAUUGCCGGUCAAUAACUCAAACACAAAAGUGUGAAAGAGGUGUUAUUGUGAAAUUAUGUGAUAAGAAGCAUAGUCUGAAAGCCUACUGUCUCUAUCAGAAUAUACAAUAUCAUAUGACAAAUUGGUUUCGCUGUUCGGAUCUGCCUUGUUCCUCAAACUUCAAUCUAUCGUUUUUCAUUUCACUUAUCUAUAUUAUAAUAAUAUACUUUGUAUAA